ACCUUACUCUCAAGGCAAACAUCUACUACUUCAACUUGAAAAAACUGGCAGCUUAAUCCAAACCACUUUAGAGAAAAACAGAAGACACCAUUUUGCUGAGUAUUUUUAGUCUCGGACCCUUCCCCUACUAUGCGUCUGUCCCCUUUUCUCGCUGUCUUCCGGCCUGCCCUGCCUCUCGUUUUGGGUCUUUCUUUGGGAUGCAGUCUCAGUCUGCUCAUGGUAUCUUGGACUCAGGGGGACACGGAUGAAGCCUGCAGUAAUCAGCUGGGUCUUGGAAUUCUUCAGGGCAGACAUGUCGGAAAACCCCUGAGCGUGGAUGUAGGGGAUUGGAACGAUGUUUUCAAACCUCGCAUAGUACCAUAUCAUAAGGACACCAGCAAGCCACAUAAGAAAGUGCUCAGGACUCGUUAUAUCCAUACUGAACUUGGCAUUCGUGAGCGCCUCCUGGUAGGCAUCCUGAGCUCACGUGCAACCCUCAACACUCUGGGAGUGGCAGUGAAUCGCACGGUGGCCCAUCGCUUCCAUCGCACCUUCUUCUUCACGGGCCUUCGUAGUGCCAAGUUGCCCCACGGCAUGACUGUGGUUGCGCACGGUGACGAUCGGCCCGUCUGGCUCAUGUACGAGACUAUUCGGCAUCUGCAUCAGCACCACGGCAACGAAUACGACUGGUUCUACCUGGCACAGGAUGACACCUACACGCAGGCAGAGCGUAUAAUGAACCUAGUGGGGCAUUUGAGUGCAGGACAAGACCUCUACAUGGGCCGGGCAGAGGAGUUCAUCGGGGGCGAGGAACGUGCUCGAUACUGUCACGGAGGCUACGGAUACCUGUUGUCACGGAGCCUACUUGCCCGGUUACAGCCGCAUCUUGAUGCCUGCCGUAAUGACAUCCUUAGCGUCAGACCUGAUGAAUGGCUGGGCCGCUGCAUUAUUGACUACCUUGGUCUGAGCUGCGUGGAAAAGCAUCAGGAGAUGACCUACUAUUACUUUGAGCUGCAGAAGAAUGCUGACCCUGAGCGUGAGGACAGUGCUCAAUUUAAGAAUGCUUUCACUGUUCACCCAGUAUCAGAUCCGACUCUCAUGUAUCGCUUACACAAGCGCUACAGCCAGAUUGAACUGGACUCGACCUACCUUCAGAUACAGCAGCUACAGGUUCAGAUCAAUAACCUGAGUGAGCUCACCCCGGAAGGCAAAGCUGGGGCCACCUGGCCUAUUGGCGUCAAUCCACCUUUCCGCCCAAAGACACGCUUCGAGGUGAUCAACUGGGAGUAUUUCACUGAAGAGCACAUCUACUCCUGCGCAGACAGCUCUCCGAAGUGUGAGCUCCAUGGCGCAGACCGCGCAGACGUCAAUUCCAUAUUGGAGACUGCCGUGGAGCGCCUGAACGAGCGCUAUCAACCACAGCUGCGCUUCCGGCGGCAACGUUUGCUGAACGGCUACCGUCGAUUUGACCCCACGCGAGGGAUGGAGUAUGUUCUGGACCUGGCCCUGGAGGCCUUCACGCAGAAGGGUCACAGUCAGGUGAUUGCUAAGCGUGUGGCGUUGCUAAGGCCUCUCAGCACCAUCGAGAUCAUACCCAUGCCCUACGUGACUGAAGCAACAAGGGUGCAGGUCAUUCUUCCGGUCACUGCACGGGAUCAGGACUUUGUGGGCAACUUCUUGGACACGUAUGUGAUGAACACUUUGGAUACUCGGGACAAUGCUUUACUGACCUUUCUUUUUGUCUAUGACCCAUUUGAUGCACAAAGGGUCAGUCAGACUGAUGUCUUUGCAGGGGUCAAGGCCAUGAUCAGCGAGGUGGAGAAGCGCUACAGUGAUGUCAAGAUCCCGUGGAUUAGUGUCAAAACAGAAGUUCCCUCACAGGUCAAGCUGAUGGACAUCAUCUCCAAAAAGCACCCAGUGGACACGCUCUUCUUUCUGGCUAGUGUGUGGACCGAGGUGAACAGUGACUUUCUGAACCGCUGCCGCAUGAAUGCCAUCAGUAACUGGCAGGUCUUUUUCCCUGUACACUUUCAAGAGUACAGCCCGGCCCUCGUGUACCGCGACCAACAGCCAUCCGCUGCGUCUUCCUUUUCUUCUGAGUCGCUCCGCGACGGCCGAUUCGACCGCCACGCCUUUGAGGAGGCCUGUUUCUACAACGCAGACUACAUGGCCACUCGUUCUAAGAUGGCUGCGGACGUCUUGGACAAUGACGAGUUGCUGGAGAGCAUGGACGUGUACGAGAUCUUUGUGCGCUACUCGAACCUGCACGUCUUCCGUGCGGUCGAGCCGGCUCUCGUUCAAAAAUAUGUACGGAGAGCCUGUAACCCCCGCUUCAGCGAGGACAUUUACCAUCGCUGUGUGCUGAGCAAUUUAGAAGGGCUGGCCUCUCGCUCGCACCUAGCUAUGGCGCUGUUUGAACAAGAGCAGGCCAACAGCACCUAGGACUUCUUGAUGGUUUCAGUGGACGUAGAAAUUUCAACUGGUUUAAUGGACAUGAAUCAGUGAACUGUGAAAACCAAGCUGUUACUUCCUGUGCUGGAAUUACUGAACUUCUAAGAAACCCUAAUAAAGGGUUGCUUGCUCAUUCCUAUAAUCAUUAUUAAACUAUCUUAUUCAC